AUGGCCCAAGCCAACCACACCACCGUGACCGGCUUCAUUUUCACGGGAUUAACGGACAGAGCGGACCUGCAGCUCCCCCUGUUCGCUGUCUUCUCCCUCAUCUACGGGAUGACGCUGCUGGGCAACCUUGGGAUGAUUCUGCUCAUCAGGUCUGACCCACACCUCCACACCCCCAUGUACUUUCUCCUCAGCAACUUGUCCUUCUUAGACAUCUGCUAUUCUUCCACCGUCACCCCCAACAUGCUGCUCAACUUUUUAACAGCCUCAAAGGGAAUUUCGUAUGUUGGGUGCCUUACCCAGUACAGCUUCUUUGCCCUUUUUGCCACCACUGAGAUGUUUCUCCUGGCCUCCAUGGCCUACGACCGCUACGUGGCCAUUUGUAACCCACUGCUCUACACAGUCAUUGUCACCAAAAGGGUCUGUGUGCUCUUAACAGCUGGCUCGUACCUGGGGGGGGCUGCAAAUUCCCUGAUACACACCUUUGGCUUGCUGAGGUUGUCCUUUUGCCGCUCAAAUGUCAUCAAUCACUUUUUCUGUGACCUCCUCCCUCUUCUGAACCUCUCUUGCAGUGACACCCACCUCAACAAGCUCCUCGUUUAUGUAUUUGGCGCUUUAAUCGAGGCAACCACUUUUACAGUCGUCAUCGUUUCUUACAUUUUCAUCAUUGCCAUGGUGCUGAGGAUUCGUUCUGCCAAGGGCAGGCAAAAAACGUUCUCCACCUGUGCCUCCCACCUCACCGCUGUUUUCACGUUCCAUGGCACCAUCCUCUUCAUGUAUUUCCGCCCCCGCUCCAGCUGCUCGCCGAGCACUGACAAAACCAUCUCUGUCUUCUACACAGUGGCCAUUCCUCUGCUCAACCCCCUGAUCUACAGCCUGAGAAACAAUGACGUGAAAUGCGCUGCAGGGAAACUCUUGAAGAGGAAGGUCCUUCUGUGCAGGAAGCCUUCCAGAAGGGCACCUGGGGUAACUCCAUAA